GUGGCAGCGACUCCGGACCCAGGGCGGGAUGGACGCGCAGGACGGCGGGGCGCCCGAGCCCCCCGCCCGCGGCCCGGUGGCCGCCUGGUGGGACAUGGUGGAGCGGAACCUGCGAUCCUUUCCACACUCCUGUUCCACACUCAGAAGAAAAGUCGCUGCUCUGUAUGACAGCUUUACUAGUAAAUCUUUAAAAGAACACAUUUUCCCCCCUCUGAUGGAGAUGCUGAUUUAUUUAAAUUUUUUCAAAGCCCCAUUUCUUGUGGAUUUAAAGAAACCAGAGUUAAAGAUUCCGCACACAGUGAACGUCUACAUCAGAGCAGAAGCGAAGGUGAUUCUGGGAGUCUGGCACGUGGUCCCCAGCUGCCGGGGGGAAGACGCCAGGGGGAAGGACCACUGCUGGUACGAAGCAGCCCUUGGAGACGGGAACCCAAUUGUUGUUUAUCUUCACGGCAGUGCAGAGCACAGGGCAGCUCCUCACAGACUUAAGCUGGCAAAGGUGCUGAGCUACGGUGGCUUUCACGUCUUGUCAGUUGACUACCGAGGAUUUGGGGACUCCACAGGUAAGCCCACAGAGGAGGGACUGACCGUGGAUGCUGUUUGUGUCUAUGAGUGGGCCAAGGCGAGAAGUGGAGGCACCCCCGUGUGUCUGUGGGGCCACUCUCUGGGGACAGGAGUUGCGACAAAUGCUGCCAGAGUCCUGGAAGAGAAAGGAUGCCCAGUAGAUGCUAUUGUCUUGGAAGCUCCGUUCACCAACAUGUGGACUGCAAGUAUCAAUUACCCCUUGUUAAAGAUUUACCGGAAGCUUCCAGGAUUUCUCUGCACACUUAUGGAUGCCCUGAGAAAAGACAGAAUAGUCUUCCCUAACGAUGAAAAUGUUAAAUUCCUGUCUUCCCCUCUUCUCAUCUUACAUGGGGAGGAUGACAAGACCGUGCCCUUGGAGUAUGGGACAAAGCUCUAUGAGAUCGCCUACCAAGCGUACAGAAGCAAAGAGAGGGUCCAGAUGGUCAUCUUUCCUCCUGGCUUCAAGCACAACCUCCUUUGUGAAAACCCCACAUUCUUAAUAAGCGUGAGGGGCCAGCACAUUUCUUGGAAUAAAGGAGACCCCCAGUGCCUUUUCCAGGUGUUACACCCUUACCUCCUGGGACAUGCCUGCUACAUGGACACUGGAAAUACACACUUCUUUGCUCUAAUAAAAGAAGAAGGCAUGUUUUGUGGAAUAAAGGCCAUUUACAAGGAGCAAAAGUAGGUAUGAUAAUAGUGACCUUUUGCAAAAUUUUGGGGAAAACGUACUUGAGAAGAAAAUUUUUUUUGAGAUGAAUUACUGAGUUUCUUUUAAAGCUUACGUGCCACAGUAGUUAAAAGAAAGAAAAUCCUUAAACACUCUGGGGUAUAGUGAGUACCGCACAGUAUAAUUUCAAAGAUUUAACAUGGACAUCUUGUGUUGUUUGGGCAGGUUCCAGUGGGCUAGGCACUUAGCACGGAACUCUAGGUUAGUUGACUGGGAAAGGAAACUAACUAAUUAUUAAUUUUUUAUGAUUAUAAAAUACACAUUCCUUAUGGAAUACCAGCUUGUAUAAAAGAAAGUAAAAGUCACCAUUUACUUCCAGAAAUAAUUAGUUUUGCUGUGUUUUAUCACCUACGUUUCCUUUAUCUUUUUAGCCUCUUCUGUACAACUGAGGUCACAUGAGCCACAUAAUUCUAUCUCCUCUUCUUUCUUUUCAAGUAAUAUAAAUGAAUUCCCAUUAUAUAAAAUUGAUACAAAUAUAAUAUUAAUGGCUACAUGAAUAUUUUACUAUAGAUACAUAUCACAAUUUAUGAACCUGUCCUCCUUUUCUUAGGCAGAAUUAGCAUUUUUUUUUUCUUUUUUUUUGUGUGUGUGGUUUUUGGCCGGGGCUAGGUGUUUUUUUUUUUUUUGGCCGGGGCUGGGUUUGAACCCACAACAUCUGGCAUAUGGGACUGGCGCCCUACUCCUUGAGCCACAGGCGCCACCCAUUAAGAUGUAAAGUCUCCAUCCUUUCUUUUUUUUUUUUUUUUGGUUUUUGGCCGGGGCUGGGUUUGAACCCGCCACACCUCCGGCAUAUGGGACCGGCGCCCUACCCCUUGAGCCACAGGCGCCGCCCCCGGGGCUAGGUUUGAACCUGCCACCUCCGGCAUAUGGGACCGUGAGCCUACUCCUUGAGCCACAGGCGCCACCCCAGAAUUAGCAUUUGUGUGCCAGAUAUUUUAUAUAUUUUCAUAAUAAUUCUAUGAUGUUAGUAUCUCUACUUUGCAGAUGAGAACUGAGAGUCAGAGAAGUGAGGUCAUCUAAUUUAGGCAACACACCUCAUAAAGUGUGUUUCAAAUUAGAAAUUAGACACUAAAUUUCAACUAAUUAAUUUUCUACACCAUCCUGCCUCCCAGUCCUUAGCAAAGUUUGGAAGUUUAGAUUUCACUAUGGGGGUGAAAGAUUUCACUAUGUUCCUAAAAUUCUCCUUCCGGGCCUUUUUUUAGUCUGUUCUCUCACUAUAUGAAACCUUUUCUUGCUAUAGAGUGUGUCCAAGUACGGAGGGGGGAGGUCAAGGUGACACUAGACUUGGUCUCACUGGUCGUCUCCCUCCCUCUGGCACCCUGGCAUCAGCUGCAGCCUAGGUCCCCCCUUCCAAUCGCUGAGCACCAGCGUGGUCGAUCCAUCCUGUAAGUGUAGGAAGGGCUCAUAGAACUCAGGCUUUUUGGAAAUUGAAGCCUUAUUUCUUUGUCAAUGUUGUGUGUAUGACACAAAGACAGGGACAGAGUAAGCUUAAGUCACACCGUAUCUCGGAAAACUCUCCACACUAGGGCAGACUGUGGACUCAAGAGCUACUAGAGAUAAAAGAAACCAAUACCCAAGUAUCUGGUUUGGCCAUGCAAGGUAACACUAGUGGCGUUUGGAUGACUUGUGUUAAUUUCUCUGGAGCACUAUAAUUGUAUAUCUUAAAUAUGGGCCAGAUUUAUUUGACAUAACAGCAAGAUUGCCUGAUCUCAGCUUACGAAAACAAUUAGGACCCUUGGCUUAUGUAUCUUAUAAAACAGGAGCGUUACAAAAGCAAGACUUAGCAUAGAAGAGAAAACGGAGGGUGGACUUGGGAGUCUGGGGACACAGACUCACUGCCAGCAGUGUGUUCGCAGGUAACACCACUAUCAGGAAAUUGCGUUUUCUCACCUACAAAAUGGCAACGUGCUACCCGACCUCAGGGUUCUCAUGUGUCAGAGACGUGCUCCUCCGUGGUGCAUGGUGCAGAGUGCAGGUCACACGAUGCAGGUGUCCACGUGCUGGUGCUCAGUGAUACGUAUUUUCAGAGCCUUCCUGAGAGGCAGGCCUGUGCUAAAGUGCUGUGGGUCUGGUGGGGGGAUGCUGCCAGGCCCUCUGCUCUUUGGGAACAUGAAUUCCAGAGGGGAAAGAUGGACAGUUCUCACUGAUCUCAACCACAUGCCGGGGGUGGAGGGAGGGGGAGGACUUAAGUUAGAAGAACUUAAAUGGUAACAUUUUAAAAG